AUGUUCACCUGCUGCCGUGGGGAGGGUUGGGUGGUGGGAUGUGAUGUGACUGGGAUCCAGUGCGAGGCUGGCUGGGGUGAGGCACGCCUAGCACAAGCCAGGAGAAAACCCUGGCAGUGGGUGCAAAUUUUCAGGAGUACACUGAAAGAAACCAGUCAGUUGUUGAACAAAAGGGUGUCACUGGGAAUCCCAGGUGAUGAUGGUGAUGUGGAAAUAGAUGCUGUGAAGCAAGCCAUAGCUGGUGAAAUCAGGAGGCAAGAUUUCCUAUUUUCUGAGACCCCAUUUGGAAUGAAGUUCAAAGAGGACUUACUGAAAGCCUCAGAAGAGCUCCUGGAUCUAGAAUCAAACACAAUUCAUGAGCAAGUCAGCAAAAGAACUAAGCUCCUGGAGGAAAAAUACCAGCUGGAUCUUGAAAUACAAACUCUGAGGAGAAAAUUGAUUCAAUACAAGUCAGUAAAAGAGGAGCACAGUCCCACAGCUCAAGAAGAUUCCACUUCAUUUCUCUCUGAAAGAAUAAACUCUGACACUGGACUGUUGAAUGGAACCAUUUGGGCACUUUUGUCAGGAGUGACACCUGUUUUCUCUACAUCAAGCCAAAACAUGACAGCAAUACUGCAGCACUUGAGACCAAGAAGAGCAUCCAUCAAAGUGCAAGUGAUGCCAGCCAAAAUCUUGGCAGCACUGGAUCAGGGCAACCAGUUCAAUGUCUACCAUGGUGACAGAGUAAGCAUUGAGAAGAUGGAUUACCUGGAGCCUUGUUCAGAAAGCAGCCCUGACCAGACCUCCUACACUAAUACAGAGACAACUGAAAGUUUGCUGACAACAAAUGAGUCUCAGGUGGGAAUGGAAGAUAACCUGGUGUCAGAUUCAGCUGUUGGAACAUCCAUAAGUGGGAAUCCAGAAGUCACAGAAUCUCUGAAAUCACAUACCUUAAGAAGGGGGAGGAUACCUGCUGAUGAAGCCAGCACAUCAAGCAAUGAAAUCCUCUCAAGUAAUCCAUCUGCAAGGUCUUCAACCUCAGUUUCUGGACAAGUGACAAAGUCUUGGCAAACUUUGCAUCACAGAACCAAGGCCCUGUCACUCAUGCUGGAUAACUCUUUGAGCAUAAACUAUUUGGCCUCCACCAAGUCAAAUGUACUCCUGGAAAACCUCAACUUCCAACUGGCAACUGGGACCAUUCCACUCAAUGCACAACCCUUGGAACUCAAGGGCGACACCCAGUCGACCCACGACAAGGUGCACGGAAAGACCUUCAGUGAGGUUCACCACCAAGGGGGCCAUGGUGGAGGCAUUGCCAGUGACAUUGAACCCAGUUUUGGAGACAAUCCUUGCUGUGAGAACACCUAUGAAGCCCCUGAACCCACUUGGGUCCACCACAAAGACUAUGACAAUGGCCAUGAAACAGACCAGAAUCAGGACUAG